AGACUGAGCGUGCGUAAGAGGGAGGUGGAAACCGGAAGUCCAAGGCUGGCUCUCGCUUUAGUGGGCGAGUUUUCGCAGUGGGGUCCGGAGCUGGGCUGUGCAGCGGUGGCUGAGGCGCUCCGCGUUGGUGUCAGACUCUCCCUACUGCGGCCGCGCGACUCUGCGAGUGGCAGACUGAGCAGGAACCGCUCUACUCUGUCGCGGCCGAGCUGCGGCCUCCAGGAGAAGACAUGCCGUCUGCCAAGCAGCUGGCCGAUAUUGGCUAUAAGACCUUCUCUGCCUCCAUGAUGCUCCUCACUGUGUACGGGGGUUACCUCUGCAGUGUGCGAGCCUACCGUUAUCUCCAGCUACGCAGUGCCAGGCGCCAGGCCGCAGAAGAGCAGAAGACCUCAGGAGCCCUGUAGAGCAGCGAGGCGAGAGGCAUGAAAUGGAAAAGACCUCCCUGCGCAUGUCACCCAUGGCAAGAACUAGGCCACGAUGCCUUUCAAACCUGUGGGGCCAAAGUGCCCUGGUUCCUGUGGUACCGCUGGCUUCUGACAGUUUAUGGAGGCCAUCAAGUAAAAUGGGAAUGUGAGGGUGAGGUUUAUUACAGAGAUUAAAUAUUUUAUUUUGUUUGUG